AUGGGCAGCGCACAACCCCCCUCAUCCACCCUCCGCGUGGCAGCAGCCCAGUACGAGCCCGAGUGGCUCGACCUCGCCGCCUCGGUCAAGAAGACCUGCUCCAUCAUUGCGGAAGCGGCCAGCAAAGGCGUCAAACUGGUGGGCUUCUCAGAGGCCUUCAUCCCAGGCUACCCAGCGUGGAUAUGGCACCGCCCCGUCGACCCCGUGCUCGCGACGAGAUACAUCCAAAAUUCGCUAUCCGUGGACUCGGCCGAGAUGCGCACCAUCCAAGCGUGCGCAAAGGAGCACGGCGUCGUCGUCGCGCUGGGCUUCUCCGAGAACGACCACAACUCGGUGUAUAUCGCGCAGGCCAUCAUCGACGCGGACGGCAAGGUGCUAAUGCACCGCCGCAAGCUGAAGCCCACGCACAUGGAGCGCACCAUCUUCGGUGAUGCCAGCGGUAACAGUCUGCUGAAUGUCGUGGGGACAAAGCUGGGCAACGGCAAGCGCGUUGGGGCGCUCAACUGCUGGGAACACUGUCAGCCACUACUAAAAUACCACACGGCCACGCAGCGCGAGGAUAUCCACGUCGCGGGAUGGCCGCCGUUGAGCCCGCACCAGGGGCCCGAGCUGUGGAGUAUGUCCCAGGAGGGCUGCCAGACCCUCUCCCAAACAUACGCGGUCGAAACGCAGACGUUCGUGCUGCACGCCACGACGGUCCUGGGGCCCAAGGGCAUCGACCUCAUGGGCACAAGCCAGAGCAUGCUAAUGAAUAGUCCUGGUGGGGGAUUUUCUGCCGUGAUCGGACCCGACGGCCGCGUGCUUUCCCAGCCGUUGGAACCUGAGGCGGAAGGUCUCGUGAUUGCGGAUAUCGAUCCCAGCAUGGCGAUUAUGGCGCGCAGUUUCCUCGACAUUUGCGGGCAUUAUAGUCGGCCGGAUCUGUUGUGGUUGGGCUGCGAUACGCGGGAGAAAAGGCAUAAGGUUGACGUCCCGAGGGGGAAGGGGGCGCAAAUAGAGGAGGGAGAAGCUGGGGGUGUUGAAUCGAAGUAG